UUAUUUAGACGUCCCGACCCACGUGUACGUGACGUUACGGGCUGGUUUCCGCCGCUGCAUGUAAACAAAGCGGAGUUAGCAGCACGUCUGAUGAAGAUAAACUCACCGUUUUAAUCAUAAUUCAAUAAAAUAAGGCUGAGCUUAUUUAGGCUGUUCCGGGGCUGAUAUUGUAAGUGAUGGAGCUCCGCCGGGACUGAACCAGAGCCAAAAAACAUGUCCAUGGAAGAUCCGUUCUUCGUCGUCAAAGGUGAGGUACAAAAGGCAGUGAAUGCAGCACAGAGCCUCCAUCACAGAUGGAGCGAACUGCUACAAGAGGGGGGUGGAGCCUCCAAAGAGGAAAUGGACUGGACGACCAAUGAGCUGAGGAACAGUCUUCGGUCCAUUGAGUGGGACUUGGAGGACCUAGAUGAGACCAUCAGUAUCGUUGAGUCAAACCCGAAGAAGUUCAACCUGGACACAGCUGAGCUCUCAAAGAGGAAAGCCUUCAUCGCCAGCACCAGACAAGCUGUCAAGGAAAUGAAAGAGCAGAUGUCCAGUCCAGCUGCUGUCUCUGUGGACAGAAAGAACAAACAGGCUCUACUUGGUGAACGUGGUGCCCAGGGUCCAGUCUGGCAGCCUGGUCCUGAUAAAUACAGCCGACUGGACCUGAUAGUAGAGCAGCAGGAUGAACAGUUGGAGCUCGUGUCAGGAACAAUUGGAGUCCUGAAGAACAUGUCUGAGAGGAUCGGCAUGGAGUUGGAUGAACAAGCUGUGAUGCUGGAUGACUUUGGCCAUGAGAUGGACAACACUCAGUCCAGACUGGACAAUGUCAUGAAGAAACUGGCCAAAGUGUCCCACAUGACCAGUGACCGUCGUCAGUGGUGUGCUAUAGGUGUGUUGCUCACCAUCCUCUUUGUCGUCGUCCUCCUCUUCUUCAUCCUCUGAUUGAUGCUGCCACCUGUCUGUGCAGAACUCAUCUUCAACCUGUGUCUACUGGAUUCUUAAUCUGAAUCAUCUUCGUCCUCCACCUCCAGACUUUCAUCCAGCUGCUGUCAGCAGGCACACCUGGAGAUGAUCUUUUGUUCUGUACCGGACUCUCCUGAACUCAAUUUGACUUUGCUGGACUCUUCUAGAGUCUGUUAUAGGCAGUACUGGAGCUCUCACUCAUCUUAUUGGUUCACUCUCAUUUACAGUCAUUAAUUAUACUAAAGCUGGCUUCUACUGGUUUCUUUUGGACUCUAGUGGACAUCCCCUAUCUGUUGAGUAGGGCUGGAUGUUAUCACUGAACUUCCAAUUUGAAUUGUUUUUGAUUCACAAAGUCCACAAUCUAUAAAUUAAGGUUGGGGGGGUUAGCUGGUUUAAAUCUGCUUUAAACUACAGUUUAAUCCUGGGUUAAUUCCAGUACAAAUCCAGAUUAUUUAGUUGGAGGUUGUAGCUCAUUCAUGAAUUGUGGAAAAACCGAUAAUCUGAAAACACUUCUUGGAAACUAAACACUAAAACUUUGUUUCUGUUGGUGUUUUUGUGUUUACAUGUUGUGCAUUUUGCUUUUGAAAUGACAGAAAACUGAUGCAGUGUAACUUUUUAAAAAUCUGUUAUUGUUUCCUGUACUGUAUUGAUCAACACACCCCACAGUUUGACCAGUGGAUAUAAUUGAUCAGUUGAAGUGUCUGCUGUUGAACUGUUAGCAAUUUCAACUGCACAGUUCCCAUUGCUGUUUCACAAUAAAAGCCUCACUCCCGGGAACUCCUGAAAGGCGUUUAAUCUGAAACAGCAACAGGAAGAGCUGUUCUAAGAUUAGCAAGCAGGCUAACUGCAUGUUUGGUAUACACUGGCUGAAAUUAAGUGAAAAGGGGAGCUGUUAGAUGAAGCAACCGAUCACAUCCUCAUCACCAGGUUUAGGGUACUCACGGUGAUAAAGUCUUAAUGUUAACAAUUUCCUGUUUUAAUAAUAAUACAGUGUUCAGAGCUCCUGAAGAAAAUAAAACACUAAAUUAUCAUUCAUUACAAAUGGGCUCAUCUGCAGUGUUGAAUCUGUUUUAUUCUGUCAACAUGUACAAAAAAUAUAAUCUGCUAAUUUAUCCAUUAAACAUAACUCUAAAAGUCCCAAUAAAA